UUGGACUUCCAUUCUCAGGCUUCUGAAUGCCGUCAGUCUGCAACUGUUGAUGCUUUCUGCCGCCAGUGUGUAAGAGGCGGGGCAUUUUAUGGGCCUCCUUUUGUAACUUGCCUGGAGGGCUGUUGUUGUAAAUCAUGUGUGAUUCAUAAAAAACAGGUUCUCCUGUCUUCCAGAUUUCAUUUCUACAAACCUCAGAGACGUACAAAUAGACUUUGGCCUACAGCCAUACCUCCCUGGAACUUCUUCUUUACCAAACUGCUCUGCUGUCAACACUCCCCUUCGCUCUCCUCUCUCCCCCCAUCUUCCUUUGCCUCUGCACAGGGCCGAUGAUGUUGUUUUCUUUGCUCUUGUCUUUGACUGUCCUCCAUGGGAAGUACCUGGCAGCGGAUGCAUGUGGCAGGCCUCUGUCUGGACACGUCUGUCUCCCCCUCUCUUCUCUCUCCAUGGCCACUCAGCGUGAGAACUGCAGUAUCCAUGGCAAUGAAGGGGCUGUGCUUGGGGUUUUUAAUUCAUCUCUGUCCCAUCAUGUGGUAGUCUUUUUGGUCUUAGCCAAAAGACUGAGAUCAACACUUUGAGCCACUGACCUCAUUACCGACCCCUCACGUACACAGCUCUCAUGGCUCACCCAUAUGAGCCCUGGUUACGGACAGCACCACCUAGUGGCAGCUCAGAAGACAUGAACAUCCCUUCCUGGUGGGACCUGCACAGGGAUGUCCAACCAGGGAGCUGGAUAGAUCUGCAGACAGGCCAGGGUGUUGGCUUGCCCUCAGUGAGUCCAGGAGGUUCCAUGGGGUUGCAGUCUUCUGUAGGACCUUACGGCUCAGACCCACAGCUGUGUGUCCUCCCUCCUGCACAGCAUGUCGCCCCCUCACAUUCAUCCCACCUCUUCCCCCAGGACGGUUUCAAAAUGGAACCCCUGGCCCCUGAAAUGCUGCCACAGGAACCAUUCUCUUUGGAGGAACCGCAGGAGAGCUCUGUCUCAGCCCGGCCCAAGCCCCAGCGACGCUCAUCUUCCAGAGGCGCGGGUCAGGCCGUGUGUCGCUGCCCCAACUGCGUCCACGCUGAACAGCUGGGCCAGAGCGCUGACGACAGCAGGAGGAAGCACAUGCACAACUGCCACAUCCCAGGCUGUGGCAAAGCUUACGCCAAAACGUCUCAUCUGAAGGCUCAUCUACGGUGGCACAGCGGUGACCGUCCUUUUGUCUGCAACUGGCUCUUCUGCGGCAAGAGAUUCACACGGUCAGAUGAACUGCAGCGCCACCUACAGACGCACACUGGCGCCAAGAAGUUCAGCUGCGCAUUAUGUCCUAGAGUGUUUAUGCGUAAUGACCACCUGGCCAAGCACAUGCGCACGCACGAAUCCCCAUCAGGACACGGCGAGGAGAGGGUAAACGGAGAUACUAGGAUGGAGAAGGGUUUUGAUGCACCGACACCACCUCAGUCAUCCUCAAAUGUGUCUGCGUCGGAGGCCACAGAGCCUUCUCUGAAGCUGAAAUGUGAGACAGAUCCCUCCGUCUCCAGUGUAACAGGGCAGUCUGGCUAACUUCCCAGAAGAGCAAAAGUUUGCAUUUGCAAGGUUAAGCAUCUGCUCCUCUUUCAGUCUUAGAGAUGCCAUAUUUUUCAGAUAGAAUAGAGAAUAGAAAAUAGAAGAGUGGUUUGAACAAAAGGUUUUCUGAUCAGUGCUGGAUGAAACACAAAGUGUUUUCCUGUGGUCCUUUGAAACUGUCAGCGGGGCUAAUAAUGUGAUCAUCUGCAUGUUCUAACACAGAGGGACAGAGGAUUUUUUUCUGGUUUGGUGCAUACAUUUUCUGCGUUUGCUACAAGUGCAGAGUAGCAGAGGAGGUAACCAAAGUUGAAGCUGCAGCUUAUUGCAGGACUUCCAUCGCUGCUAGAGGUACUAUUAUUAUUGAGACUGGGAAGCGCUCAACUGAAGGUGGCUUGCCAACUUGUUUACAGUGAAUAUCAAUCAGAAAAACUCAGGGAGGUGUUCAUCUCCAAAGCAGUUUUCAUGUUCCAUGAAAGUGAACUUUCAAAGGCAACACCACACCUUUGAAGAGAGAAAGAAGAAAGUGAUUACUUUGUUUUAUGUGUGUAGUUUAUUGCAAGUUGUAUAAGACACUGGAAUAUAAAGCAACAUUUCUUAAUUUUAAAAGCCCAGAAGCCAUUUGGAUGGUGCAUACCACAAAGAUGGGUGUGCAUAGGGUUGUAUGUGAGUAAUUUAAAUGAAACAUACAUGAUGUACAAGAGAUGCUGCAUAAUGCACUCUACUUUGAUAAUAUAAUAUGACAUAACAUAAUAUAAUAUAAAAAAUAGUGUUACAAAAACACACAGGAAACAAGUUUCAUGAUCUCUGAAACUGAGCAUGCAGAGAAACUUGUGCUUGGUCAAAUGAGCCAUGGUUUCUGUUGAAACUCACUGAUGACAGGGAUCUGGCGCAUGAACAGCCUGCAGAUCCACACUGUCAACACUUAAGUCUGCUCGUGCUGAAAUGAAGCAGUUCAGCCUUUCUUAAGCACAUCAUAAUGCUAUUGUACUCCAGUCUACUGCUGAGUCUACUUGCUUUGUCAUCAAGCAAAAUGUUUAGAUCAUUGAUCAUUUUGAAAUGUGUAUUUUUUCCAACUGGAAUAUACAAAAAUUUAACUCCAAAAUUGUAGCAACUUUGAUUUUGCAUGUUUUAACACCAAUAUUGUAUCCAAAAUAUCACCAGCCUUUUGCAAUUAGAGUUGCACAGACUGACAUUUUGACUGGAUUAAUUGUGCAUCUUUACCAUAAAUUGAUGGGAAUUGAAACUGAAAUUCUUACCAAUGCCUGCAGUUCCCCUCAGCUUUACAGAAUGUUUACACCUAGUGUUUGACUUUGCUGUUUGGGUCUGUCUCUCUGCAGUCCAUGUAGCCUCAGUUCCAGGUGUUUUCAGAAGAAUACCUCUGAUGAGUGCUACCUGCCCAAACAACACCGAGACAAAGUUACAAACUGGCUGGAAUUUAUGUUGCAUGUAAAGAAGCAGACAUUUAGCUUGUGUUUGCUGCAUGUCUUACUUUGUAACAGUUGAUGUCCGGCCUGGGGAUAUUGUACAGUAACGUUAAUGUUGUGUUUUUCACUUGUUCACUGCCACCAAGUGGCCAAAAAGACUACUAGCAAGAUGUAAUAAGGUAAAGCGUGAUAUUUACAAUGUUAAAGGUCUAGUGUGUAAGAUUUAGGGAGAUUUAAGAGGAUCACAUAAAUUGAAUAUAAUAUUCAUAUUUAUACAUGUCAUGUAUAUAUGCACUGUUUAUAUUACAGUGGGAGUCAUGUUGCACCACCUUUUUUCUACAAUAGUUCUGAACUGACUUCUUGGUUUUUUCAUUUUAAAAUAAAUGGCACCCAGUGUCAAGGUGCACUAUUGUCACCUGCUAUAUAUAAAUGUUACAUAUAACACUGACUCCAAGGAGGGACUUGUGUAUUUUUUUACAGCCAUUGUAGGUGAGGGCUGGGGCGUGGGGGAUCAUUUGGUUGUAAUCUGAAAUUUCACCACUAGAUAUCCCUAAAUAUCACACACUGAAACUUUAAUGUGUAACAAUGAACAGACUUUACAGUCGUGCCUCAGGAUGUUCAGACUGUUACAGUCUAGUGUAGACUGUGUGUCUAUACUAUGCAGGGUGCACUUGAUGACUAUAUUACACCAAACCCAUAUGCAAGUUAGAUCAAGCAAGUCCCAUUCAUCAGCAAAGAAUGUGUACGGGGCUGAUGUGUCUCUCAACACAUUUUAUUAAAAGCUUUUGGUUCAUCUGGUUUCCUCAAGACACAUCAUCAAAUCAUUCAGACGAGUCAUUCAGAACAACUUGUGGAAAUGGGACGACAGUUAUCAACUUUUCUAGAGUUAGCAUUCUCAGAGAUAUUGUGUUGGCAGUUUAGUAAAUAUGAUGCAGUGCAUAAUAGAACAUGCUCAUUGUAGACAUGCACAACACUAGCAACACUAGUUUCAGAUCAAUUAUAAACUUCCAUAAUCAACACUGUGUGAUCUAUAGUUCAGUAGAGAGCAAUAUAAACAGUUAAAACACUACCAGGAUUUCAGUAGGAUGUAAAUCAUCAGAAACAUUAGAUUUUCAUAUACUAGAGAGCUUACAUUGUUGCAGGCUCAUAAGUUACUCUACUGGUGUAAAGAUACAUGGAAGACCAUCAAUUAUUGUAUAUUGACUUAUUAGGGACCGAGCCCGCAGGAUGAGGACCUCUCACUCACUCAGAGUGAGAGGGCCUUGCCUGCAGGGCAAAAGCCCUAUUAUUAUUUUACUAUUGUUGUUAUAGAUAGGCUCAUGAUGUUUUCUUUUUUGUUGGUCAGUAGAGUGAGAUGGAGAAUGUUUUCAUUGUAAUCAAUAUUUGUGUUGUGGAAACUAUAACAAAAUCGUUCCUGAAAUUAAAUAAAUUAAGUAUCAUGGUGUAAUAACAUGUAUUUAAUCUAUGUUCUGUAUCUAUUAUGUUGUUCUGUAUUAAAUAAAAAGCUAU